AUGGGUCUGGCGGUGCGAUGCUGCCAGUCAAAGUCCAGUCAAGUCAAGUUUGGUCUGGUGCAAAACUUAGAAUGUUGGUGUCGUGACCCCAGAAACGGCCGAAUGCGGAAGCGGCGUCGCAAGACCAGCAAGACAGACAACCAGAACGUGGGACCAGGUAGACUGACUGACUGA